GAUGGUCCAUAUGCGGAACUCCCAGCGAGGCAAUGAUGUUUGUUUCUGUCGAUCUACGAGUGAUUGUAUAGAUGUUACCGCGAGCUAGAGUGUGUCAGGCUUACAACCAUUGAGUGCCGAUACUCGGCACUCGGGACCGUCGAGCGUCAUGCGUGAUAUCCGGCUUAGUGCUUAUGGCUACAGCGUGACAUGUCGCGUGGCGCAAAGUUCACUCAGACUGGACGUGUCGGCAGAUCUCAUCCGGGACAUGGUUCGGGAAGCCCUCGGUCAGGUUUCCAAUGAGAGUGAUCUCAAGCUCGAGAAUAUCUCGGUGUCACGGAGCGGCUUCAAAAUCCAAUUUGUGCACGAUCCGUCGCUAACCGAAAUGAGCGUUCUGCAGCCGCGGUCAGGACGGAAAGCGUCGCCCGACUUCAUCGACGGUGUCCUGAACUACGGCGGAACUUUCAAAAAGGUCCGCAAUCAUCUCGGUCUCUAUUACUUGUUCAUUACCGAGGAGCCUGUGGUGGACCUCAGCGCCUCCCCUAUCGAAGUGCCACGCAAUGCAGUUUUGCAAAGACCCAGUUUGAAUGUCACCCCGCGUUCCGUCGGUCUCUCGCCGGCUCGCGAGCGUAAACGAGAACUCUACCAAAGUCUGUUCGACGAGGAUAUCGAUGAACACGAAAAAUUCGGAUCUCCGGAGAAACCGAUUAGAAGUUCGCCAAAAGCUGCCGGGAAAAAAGUUCCUCCGAAAAAUCCGUCGAUCGGGGAUAGUGAGGUAAAUGUGGUAAUUCACAUUUUGGCCCACUAACAAUGAAAUUGGAGCGAGUAUUGCCAAACUCGAAUUCUGCUAACAGAUCUCGAGUUAUCGAUUGAACUCUUCAGAGCAAAACCUACACCGAUGAGAAGACACCU